AUGGCUCGUCAAAAAUUGAAGCUUGAAUUCAUAGAAAACCGGAGACAGCGUUUGGCCACCUACCGGAAGAGGAAAGAAACCCUCAAGAAGGCGGCCUACGAGCUGUCCACGCUGUGCGGCACCCCCAUCGCCGUCAUAUGCUUCGCUCCCAACGGCAAGCCCGACACAUGGCCGGAGGACGAAGGAGCCGUCCGCGACAUCGUCGGAAGGCAUCGAAGCGUCGGCGCCGAGAAGCGGAGCAAGCUUCACUUCGACAUUCCGGGCUACUUCGCAGCCCAGGUCCGCAAAACCAUGUGCGGCCAAGCCUGGGAUCCUCCUCCGCUCGACGACAUACCAGAGGAGUCUCUGAGAGAGAUGAUUAGUUCGCUGGAGUCUGCUAAGGAGGCUGUCAAGAAGCAGAUCCAAAUUCUCAAGGAGGAUUCCAGGUGCAACCAAGGCGACUUCCUCCAUGGUGAUGAUGGCAGGGAACAACAACAAGGUUUUCCUUGUAAUAAUCCUGCUUUCAUGGCGGAGUGCUCUAACGUGCCAAUGGUGUCCAAGGCAGCCAUGGAUGAUGGACCAGGCCAAGGCCAUGGCGCUUUCGUGCCGAUGGAGGCCAAUGCUGACCUGCCGCGUUCUUCUACUGCAUGAGGGGACUUCAAUUAUGAGCAGAAAGAUCCGGCAUUCUCCGUGCCGUUUCUUUUCAUGCCACCACCAUCCACUGGAGCCACUUCAGAGAAUAGCAAAGCAUCGGGAGGUGGUGAUGAAGGUAAUGCCAACGCGCAGCGAAGGACUGGCGCCUUUCGCCUUCACAAUUUUGGGGACUAGUUAGAUGCAGCUGAUGCAUGGAAGGUACUGAUUAAAUUUAAUCCCAAUGUGCAGUUAAGGGAAGUUCCCUUCCCAAUUUUGUAGACUUUAGAUAUACUUAUUAGACGCAAGUGAUAGGUGGAGCGCGAGGCUAGGCUCGCCUUCACAGUUUUGGAGAGUAUAUAUAAGUUGGAUGCAGGAGAUAAGUGAAGGUGAUGCCCGCCUUCACAGUUUUGUAGACUCCUCAUUUUCUUAUAAACUAUGUAUUGUUUUUUUUGGUUAGAUUUUUUUUUUUAUUGAUUUAUAUUGGAGAUGAAUGUCAAAUUUAAGUAAACAAGCUCACAAUCAGAAAUUGAUCAGAAUGGAUGACUGAAUAACAAGAGCAUUCAUAAAUUUGACCAAGGUGAUAUGCAUGAUUGGAAAACACAAGAUAAAAUCCUUGAGAAGGUGAUUAACAUUAAAGUCCACAUAUAAACUCUGAUUGGAUUGAUUGUAUUCAGUUGCAGAUUGGUAUCAGUGCCAAUCACCACCUUCAUAUUUCACAAGAAUGAGAGAAAUCCCCACCAAGCAAAAUUUCAACCAGAUUUUCGUGAACAUAUAAACAAUCACCAGU